CUGUAAAGACUUUAGAAACAUUUUUUUAUUUAUGUUUCUUUACGAUUAAAAUUUUAUUUAACUUCAAUAUUUAUUUAUCUUGGAACAGUCGGCUGACUAGUAGAAUAAUACAUAUAUCUGAUAAGUGGUAUCCUUAUAGUGAUAUUUGACACAUUUUACUAUAAAAUUGUGCUUAAAAAUAAUAAAUACUUGAUGAAAAAUUUGAAAAAUUCAGACUUUAAAGUUUAUUAUGUCAAGUCGAAGAGAUUUUCCUAAACAUCAUCCACAUUAUUAUGGAUAUAUAGCUGACGGUUUUCACUCUGACUGCACUUUACUGAUACAGAGGUGUAUGCAGUCGGACAAAAUAAACUAUGAAACUUUCUGCAGAGUAUGGAAAGAAAUGCAAUUCGAUCAUUUAUACCAUGGGCGAUUAUCUGGAGCCGAAAUUGCAGAAUUAUCAGAAGAACUUAUUCAGAUAGCCAAGCAAUUUAUGCUAUCUGAUAAUAGUAAUUUUGAGGAAUCAGUGGCGGGUCUAUUCCUGGUUUAUGCAUUGCUGAACCUCCAACCGUACUCCGGUUUCGCGGCACUCAGGAUAGUCCCCGAUGAUGUGGAGAGUAUAGCUCGGCUGGAGAUGAUCGCCCGCAGGGAGCGACGCCUGGAUAUGCUGUAUAUACUGGGAUCAGUCCUAACACAGGGACCAUGCGAAUACCACGCGGCGCCCAGAGAGUAUGGGAUGGAACCGUCAUACAAGAAAUACUUGGAAGGGUACUCGGAUGUUGAUAGGAUGAGAUUGCGUUUCAAGGGAGUGUUUGUGAGACACCCAGAAGAGCUGGAUGUACUCCGAGAACUGGCCGGCAUCACCAGCCGUUAUGUGGAAUCGAAGGCAGCUUUAUUAGGCGACGGCAAAGAACUGGACCCAAGUCUCAAUUUCAUAAACAAGGAUCUCGCGACCGAAUUGGAUGUAUCACUGAAGAAUGUGAUUGCAGGCAUGCCGGAGAUUGACCCAGAAUCCAACGACGAGCCAAAAUCUCCCAACGCUCAAGAUAUCAAAGCACGCGCCAUGAAGGGUAUCGUUGGUCCAAUGAAGCAUCUCGUUGGGAUCUCGAAUAGACGCCACGAAACAAUUCCUACGAAAGCUAGUCCUUACAAAAGACGUUUUAUACCUGAAGAGAGCUCUUCUGAAGACAGUGAUGGUGCAAAAUCCCCUAGCAAACUUAGUCUUUCACUUCGGAAACGUAAAGUCCCUCCAACUCGCAAAUUGAAGAAGCGCAGUCGAAAGAAAUCCACCUCUAGUAGUGACAAUGAUGGAUAUAUACCAUUACUAUCCAACAAUGCUGAGGCAGACACCAAUGAUGACAUAAACUUGAAAGAAUUUCAUCAGUUACCUAAUAUUGUGGACAUGCCAACAGAAAACAAGGAAACAGCUGAACACAAUUUACAUAUACAAAUAGAUUCAGUACCAGUAUAUAUAAAAACGGAUGAAAAUCACAGGAUUCAAAUUGAAAUUAUAGACAGUGCUGUUAAAAAAAAUUGUGAAAAUGCUACGAACAAUGCAGGAGAAAGCUCCGUAAACGCGGGUAGUUCAGUAGUUCAGGAAACCGCAACGGAGAAUGUAGAAGAAAAUAAGAAAUCAGAAAGUUUUAUCAUAAAACCGACAAAGAGAGAACAGAAGAAGUCUCUAUUGAAGUCUAAAUUCAAAAGGAUGGGAAUGUUGCCAGUGGCUAAUUUUAAGGAAGUGGAAUAUAAAAAGAGGAAACGGAAAUCUUCGAAAUAAAACUUAGGGGACACAAGCAAUUAUCCUAAUAAUAAGACUAUGGUAUAGAAACGACUUUUAAUAACAUUUUAUAGGUGAAAAUGUUGUAAUAAUUUAUUUACACGGAUAUCUCUGUCCCACCUAUUUCAGGCGCUAAGCAGCUUAUCUUUUCCUUUCUGUUUCGAUUGAAUGAUGAAAUAUGACAGUGAAAUUACAGAGUACGAAAGCUUAACACCGAAAAUUGCUGGAAUGACAAAGCAUGAGGGAGGACGUGGUAACUCCUCACAUGACGUUCCAUAAAAUGUUGAAAAAAUAGCUAGCAAAAACGAAAAAGUGUAAUAACAAUAAAAUCAUUAUUAUUUUUAAACCUUAUGUUCAUUUUUAUGACGGCAUCGGUGGUCUAGCAGUUUAAGUAACCUUACUUCCCGAUGGUUUGCGAGUUCGAUUCUUCAUACAGUAGAAAUAUUUGUAUUCAUUAUUAUGACUAUUGUAUGGUUUUCUACGUAUUUACAGAAAAUAUUGUUUUGGGUAAAUAAUACGAUGUUGUCGGUCGAAACAAUACGGUAUAUUAUAUUACAGAUGAUAAUAGACAGACAAUAUGUACCUAAAAAUAAUGAUCUUAUAUACUAAAUAACAAUAGGAAAAUGUAAGGUGGGGUGACACAGUUUAGACACAGCAGUGCGUAGACAAUAUUGAAUUUGUCGUACUAGCCAUUAUUAAAUGCAAUUAUUAUUUUGAUGUAUCUAGGUAACUGAGUCCCAUAUCUAUCCAUAUUUUUUUUUAUUGGAUUGUUUGGGCUAUUGUCCGAUGUGUAGCACCUGUAGCACUGCGACCUACAUAGAUCUAUUGUGCUCGCCCAAAUCUAUCUAUCUAUCUAUCCAUAACAUAAGCUUAACCUUUUGCUUGGGACUAGAUGGCGUUGCUCUAUUGUUCAGGGUUAGUAUUGACUAUGUACGGGAAUUAAAUAAACUGUUUAUCUUUCGCGAAUAAUUGUUCGGACUUCUUUCGAAAGUCUUCUUCAGAAUGAGUACGUGAGUUAAUUAAAUUCUUAUACACAGAUUUUUUCUUAUGUAUUAUAAUGGAAUGGUGCACCCGCCUGCACUAACGGUUUACGCUGGCGGGGCACCAGUGGAGGAUGCUAAGAUGACCAUGAGGUCAGAUCAGUUAGCCCAUCGUAUUAAAUUCACCAUGAUUUUAUCUCGAUGGAUUCCAGGGCGAACCACGUGGAGGUCACAUGAUGGUAGUAAGGAGUCAUUAGUACACAUUACUAACAAUACCCUUUCCUACCUCUCGUACACAGUUAUAAAAAUAUUAUUUUAUUAGUUUUUUAUAAAUUAGGACUAUGUACAUUUGUAUUAUAUCUUUUUGUUAAGGAUAAAAAUAAAAAUAA